UAACAUUUUCAUUGGUCCGUCGAUCUUAUGUUGUACUUAUGUCAUGUUAUGCAUUUCAUGUGCGAGGCCCUUUAGUCCGACAGCUGGGGUCACAGAGGUUAUCUUUUUAAUCUUGAAAUUCAGAUGGUGAAUAUACAGUGGAAUUACAAGUGCGGACGUGUUUUCCGUUUCUGAAUAUUUUUUGAAACCGCCGAUUGCAUCACAAUCGGCAAUCGUUUUUGUGAUACACUUUUUGAUUUUCUCAUACACAAGUAGCCUUUAAAGUCGUGGGAGACGCGGGCGAAAGAGGAUCUGAAAAUAGACAAUGUUUCGACUAACGCGGAGGACGCGUGUGAAGAAACCCGCUCUGGAUGCUGAGUUCUUCGAUGUUUAUAAAAAUACUAAUGGUGUCGUCAUCGUCAUGGAACCAAUUGAGCUGUCAACUGACUUAAAUGAACUGAAAGAUAAAGAGUAUUAUCGUACAAAAGUGAAGGGCAAAUUUUUAUAUGAAAAGGAAUUUUUGAUAGGACCUAGAAGCCUUAUUCUCAAUGGCGAAGCCAUUAACGAAAAAGGAGGUGGAAUAUUUUCUCCUAAAGCAGGCUCAGGAUAUUACGUAAUUACGCCUUUCAGAUUGGAGGAUCGUGACAUUACUAUCAUGGUGAAUCGUGGAUGGAUUCCUAGAAGUGAUCGUUCAACGUUUAAAAUGGAAAAGAAGAUUACAGAUCCCAUAGAAAUUAUUGGCAUUAUCAGAGCAACAAAAAAGCGACCUCCAUUUGUACCUGACAAUGCUCCUGGGAAAGGUGUAUGGCAUUUCAGAGAUUUAGAUGCAAUGGCAAAGGUAGCAGAAGCAGGACCUGUGUGCAUAGAAUUAUUAGCUGGAUAUGGCACACCUCAAGGUCCGGUCGGAGGACAGACAAAAGUAACUUUAAGGAACGAACAUUCAAAUUAUAUGAUCACCUGGUAUUCGUUGUCUGCCUGUACGAGCUACAUGUGAUUUCGACAACUUGUACAAAAAUUACCUCUUCUUUAAAUGCAUAGAUGUUCACCCGAUAUACAUAUAAUGAUAUACA